AUGAACCUGGAGCUUUUCAAAGAUAAGAACGCCGCGCCCAGUGAUAGCUGGUGGGAACGGCUGUUUAAUUCUCAUGGAGAUAUUGCAUUCGAUGACUACGAUAAGGAUUUCACGGAUCUACCCACUCCUAUCGCUGAGGUGAGUGUGCUUGUUUGUUUGUAUCUCCUGUUUGAGCACCGCACUGACCAACUGCAUUGCGCCCGACAUAGUCCAUCGCAGCCGCCGAAGAUGCGUCAAGUGUACUGCAGGCGAGAGAAGAGGAAGAAUAUAAGGAGCGCGAAGCCGCACGCGAACGUGAUGACCUCCGAAAGCGCGAGAGACAAGUGCGCCUGGCUGAACUUCGCGGGGGCAAGUAUUUGUCGUGGGUUGAGCUCGACAGACGCAAUCCCGCGCCGAAUCCUCUGGCACAACGCAGCGAGCCUGCGUAAUUCCAGUAUGUUUUCCACGAUUUUGCCUCAAAAUGACCAUAACCAGCGCUUGUCGUGA